UACAUAUUUUUGAAGCACAACUUUCUGAAGGUCUCAAGUUUUCGGACGUUUCGAGUUUUCAAAGGUUUCAACUUUCAAGUUUUUUUAAAGGUUUUACCACCGUGACGACUCGACUUUCUUCGUUCUUAUCGGAGUACGGAGAUUGCAAGAUCAGCAGUGUGUGUCACCAGAAAAAAAAAAAAAAAGAACUGUCUCUCUACUCAGUCUACUGGCUGGCCAGAAGUUUGUAUUUUGGUGGAUUUGAAGCAGAAGACAAGGUGGGUAAGCAGAUGAUCUAGUUCCGAAGUCGUAAAUGGCAAAGUGCACAAUUCAAGUCUGUCGAUUUUGAGGCCGGAUCGUUUGCAUCUGGACGGCUGCUGGUUGGUUUAUCCAGAGAGGGAAAGGACCUGUAUCUAGGCAGGAUGGUGACGUGGGUGGUAUUCGAUACAUGAGGAAGAGGAGCAUGCUUCUAACAAGGUAAAGGACCUGUACCUAGCCAGGAUGGUGACGUGGGUGGUAUUCGAUACAUGAGGAAGAGGAGCAUGCUUCUAACGAGGCAAAGGAGACUGCAACGAUACAAAAACGAAGACCAAGAAUAGAAAGUAGAGGAGGAGGAGGAGGAGGAGGAGGAGGAAGAGGAGGAGGAGGAAGAGGCCAAGAAAGAAGCAGAAGGGGAGCAGAGGAGGAGCGGAGGUGGAGGAGGAAGACGUAGAGGGUGAGGGCGAACAGGACAGACGAGAGAAGGAAGGGGAGAGGAGAGAUUUGUUUCAACGAUUUGCAUUCUGAGAAGCAGCACAUCGACUUGCCAAAUUGAGUCAGUUGCAUCAAACACCGGCGGAUUUGCGGAACAUGUGUUAUGUACCGCAGAGGACGCAGAGGAGAAAGAGGAUAGGCAGUGAACGAAGAGAAGGAAGUGGAGGAGGAGGAGGAGGAGGAGGAGGAGGAGGAGGAGGAGGAGAGAUUGUGUGUCAAUUCGCUUUGCUCGACUCUAUGUAUUGGUUGGCCAACUGAAUUCCUUGUUACUCCCAUCGUCGGAUUGGGCUUUCAGUUUUUGAGACGUGUGGCAUGUGUCGCUCUCUUGAAGUUGUGGGUGAGCGGAUGGUAAUGUGUCUCCUGGCUUUGCUUAGAAGUUUGUGCAGAGCGAAAAAAAAGCCGGAGUCUACUGUCAGCCAUACCGUCACCUCUGGGAACGAGUCGCUGGGAAAAGAUGUGGCUGCUGUUGCCACACCGGAUCUCCAUGCCCAUUUCGGCGGCGGCGGGAACAACGAACUGCUGAGCCCGUCGUCGAUCAGCAGCGGCCCACAGAAAUUCAAGCUCGCUGAACUGUCGCAAUGGACAGACAACUUCAGCAAGCAACGCUUGUUGGGAGUCGGCGGCUUUGGAAAGGUGUUUGAGGCGCACAUGCCAGGUGGGAGGAAGGGUGCAGUGAAGAGGGCGAAGCGUCAGUCUGAGCAGGGGAAUGCUCAGUUCUUGGCCGAAGUCGAACUCCUGUCACAGGUCCAUCACAAGAACCUGGUAAAGCUGCUCGGUUACUGCAAUGAGGCCGGCGAGAAGAUCCUUGUGUACGAGUAUAUGGCAAAAGGCACCUUACGGCGAAACCUCUCGCGGAAGCGCGAGCGACCUCUCGACUGGGUUGAGCGUCUCAACAUCGCUAUUGGCUCGGCGGCAGGGAUUACAUAUCUUCACACUCAUGUUCAUCCGCCGAUUAUCCAUCGUGACAUCAAGUCUUCCAACAUUCUGUUGGACGAUAAUUAUGUCGCAAAAGUGGCAGAUUUCGGACUUUGCCGACCGGCAACGACGGAGGGCUCUCGUGCCACAAUCUCCGUGCGGGGUACCGUCGGUUACAUGGAUCCCGACUUCUGCGUCAGCAGUGAGGUGUCGGAGAAAUCGGAUGUCUAUAGUUUUGGUGUUGUCCUUUUAGAAAUCGUGACAGCGAAGAGCCCGACGUGGAAAGGCCAACACAUCAUCAAUGAGAUGAAGUCAUGUUGCGCUAACAAACGAGUGUGCGACCUCAUCGACCCCACUCUGACAGGGAAGUAUCCUCGGCAGGCGAUGGACGAGUACAUUGAGCUUGCUCUCAGAUGCACUGACUCAUCGAGACGGCGCCCUAGCAUGACGAUUGUGUGGUCCACUCUAGAGAUGAUAAGGGACUCCGCACUGAGCACGCCGAGUGAGGAGGAGAUGAUGGAUGAUGCACAAUCGUCCGGUUCCGUCAGCGGGCGGGCUAGUAGUCGGCCGAUGGAUGGGAGCAGCCCUUUCUUGAUGCGCUGGCCAUCGCAGGCAACAUCCGUCCAUAGGGCAUCGUCGAUGGGAAGAAGGUCGUCAACCAUUUCGUCGGGGCUGUCAAUGGAAGCGUGCUCCACGGGUGCAUCUCCAGAGACCAAAGAAUGUGCUGGCGAAACUCCGCUGCGGAAAAGGGAGCGAGCGCGGAUGACGUUGGCAGUGGAAACCGAUGGAGUGGACGACGAUGGCUGUGAAGAGCCGCACUCACCUACCACUCUCAUCCAGAUGUUGACAGAGGUCUCCGCAAGAUAGGUAUGAUUGAGAGUAAGCAGCAUAUGAGAAAUAGUUAGUGAUUAGCAUGACUACCACCUUCUCCUCCUCCUCCUCCUCCUCCUCCUCCUCCUCUUCCUCCUCGUCCUCCUCCUCCUCCUCCUUCUCUUCCUCCAAGUCCUCCUACCCCGGAGACUCCUCAUCUGCUGACCACCUGCAUGCAUGCCUAGACUUGCUUGGCGUGCAUCGUUGCGAACAUGUUUGCAACUGUGAAAGCCCCUCCACUCCCCUGUGUGUGGCUCUCGUGUGCGUUUUACCACGGAGAUGGGUCGUAGGAGAUAGCGGUGGUUGGAGCGUAGCGUCUUUUGUGAAAGAGGGAGGGCAUGAGGCCGCAAAGCAGAGGGUCGUUGAGGAGAACGAGGAUAAUGGAGAGGCAGAAACGGCAUCGACAGUAUUGACAGCCAGGUCGUCAGGCUUUUGGCUACAGAAGCCAUUUUUUGACCAGUCAAUUUGAUCG